AGAUCAUCGUGAACAUACUCUCUCGACUCUCCGUCACCACUCUUUGCCGAUUCAAGUGCGUUUCAAAGCCGUGGCUCGCUCUCAUCUCCGACCCUUUUUUCAUCAAAACCCAACUCAAUCGCAACACAGACGACAAUCACCAUCACGAUCGACUCAUCCUCCUUUCUAGUUCUUCCAAUUUCCACUCCAUCAAUUUCAAAUCUUUCCAAUUCCAAAACAAUUUCGAGGCUUUCCACCUUAAAUUCCCUUCCAAGCAAAACCCAAAUCUUUGUAAGGAGAUUUGGGGUUCCUGCAAUGGGUUGUUAUUGAUGCUCAAUGACUAUUUCUCUUUCUUUUUGGUUAACCCAUCUACUAGACAAUCCAAAAAAUUGCCAAUUUCACCUUUUUCAAUGAACUCUGUUGAUAAAUGUUUGUGUUUAGAUAGUUAUGGGCUUGGUUAUGACUCAUCCAGUGAUGACCACAAAGUUGUGAGUAUUGCUCAUUAUGGCUAUGGUUGUGAUUUUGAUGAUAAUAUAGUCAGUGUGUAUAGCUUAAGAACUAGUUCAUGGAGAAGAAUUGAGGACUCUCCCUAUAUUCAUACACCUUAUGGGCCUUCGUCGGGGAUUUUUGUUAAUGGGGCUCUUCAUUGGUUUGCUAGUAGUUUUGUGGGUUCAAAUAAUUCGACCGUAAUUGCUUCACUUGAUUUAACAUAUGAAAAUUUUGGAGAUGUGCCAUCUCCUGUUGAUGACUUUGUUUUAUUUGGAGAGCUCAGUGUUCUUGGAGGGUGCCUUUGUAUGAUUGUUUCUCGCCGCGGCGGUUGUAAAGAUGUUUGGGUGAUGAAAGAGUAUGGUGUGAGGGAUUCUUGGACCAAAUUUACAAUCAAUCAUGGUUGUUUUCCUUUGUGCAAAGCGUUGUGUUUAUCAAAGACUGGUGAAUUUUUGUUGGGGAUUUGUCAAAAAAAGUUAAUUUUCUACAACCCAAAAAAGAAAAAAUUUAAGAGACUUGUGGUUCGAGCUUGUCCAAAUCAUUUUGUCGUAGGAACUUAUGUGGAAAGCCUUGUUUCACCCAAUUGCAGCAAUAUGAUCACGAGGCAAUAA